AUGUGUACCGGUGAACAACAACCUUUACGGUUAAACCCAGUGGAGGUUGGUGAAGUUAUUGCUGCGGUUUGCUCAGAACCAUCUUCAUCAACAGCUAAUCUCAUGACAGUCUCAUCUAAAUUCAGUAAUAAUAGUAGAAAGCCAUCAAUGGACGUGGCUGUGAGCGUUCUCGUCAAACUUGUAAUUGACAUGUAUGUUUUGGAUUCUGGGACUGCUGCUCCUCUCACUUUAUCCAUGCUUGAGGAAAUGCUUAAUUCUCCAAGAUUGGUCUCAAAAGCCCGGGCUUUUGAUUUAAUCUUAAAUCUUGGGGUUCAUGCUCAUUUAUUGGAGCCACUAGUACCUGGUGAUGGAUCCACUAUUGAAGAAGAGUAUUCUCAGGAUCCAUACUUUGACAAUGAAGUGCAACUUGCCACCCAAGGAAAGAGAAAACCAGAUUAUUUUAAGAAGAUGGGAAAUUCCUCAGCUAUUGAAAAUUUCGAGAUUUGGAUUUUGAGCAUUCUGUAUGUGAUUCUUCUUCAUCUUGUUCAGAACUUCACAAUGGUGUUCUCUGUUACUGUGUCUGAAUUGAUGAAGGAACAUUUUCUACAUGGUGAGGUGCACGUUUCAACCUAUUCUUCAUACCCAGGAUACUCUAUGCUUGGAGGCUUUAAGGAAGCAGCAAUUUCUAACUGCACUCUUAUGAUGGAAGAGAAGGAAGAAUCUGUAUGGGCUUCUGCCCUGAGCUGUUUACUUUAUUUUGUCUGUGAUAGACGACAAAUUCGGAGGAGCAGGUUAAAAGGUCUUGACAUAAGAGUUAUUAAGAUGCUUGUACAGAUCAGCAGGAGGAAUUCCUGGGCAGAAUUACUUCACUGCAAACUUAUUUGCAUGUUGACGAACAUGUUUUAUCAAGUUCCUGAUGGGUCUGCUGAAGCUGUUUCAAAUACCCCAUUGUUUCUUGUUGAGCAGGUAGUGCUUCUUGCAGAUGCACCUGAAGCUUUACACAUUUCUGUGAAGCUUGGCGUGGAAGGCAUUGGUGAGCUUUUGAGAAGAUCAAUUUCUGCUGCAUUGUCCAGAUAUCCCAAUACUGAUCAACUAAACAUGUUUAAACGUUCAUCUAGCAAAGGUAGAAAGAAGAAAAACCCAUCUCAAUCCCUUGUGGUUGAUGUGACUGACAGCAUACUUGCAUGUACUUUGUUUAUUACUGUGGACCCAGCCAAGGCUGGUAGUAGGCUUCAUCCUAGGAAGAUACCUGAGACUUGGGCUUCAACUUCAAUCUUGGCCAAACUUGUUGCAAUGGAUGAUGGAAUAAGAAAUGGUGGUCAGAUGGAUGGUUGGGAUGUGCUUGAUGGAGGUUUCUUUAAUGCCAUCAUGACCUUACCGCAAAACUACCCACAGUCCGCCAACAUUUAUCCUGACGGAAAAGUUUGCAUUUCAAUUCUUCAUCCUCCCGGUGACGACCCAAACGUCUAUGAGCUUGCUAGUGAGCACUGGUCUGCUGUCCAUACGGAGGGCCAAAAGCUGGAUCCCCUGUCACUAUCUCUGUUCCUAGACGUGACCGAAGAAAGUGGCUCUGCCGGCCAAAAUGGAGAAAAAAUUGAGUAG